AUGCAGCAGGCCGAGAAGUUCAAGACACUCGGCAUCAAGCCUCCCAAGGGAUGUCUCAUGUACGGCCCUCCGGGAACCGGAAAGACGCUGCUUGCCCGUGCUUGUGCUGCUCAGACAAACGCCUGUUAUCUCAAGCUUGCCGGUCCGUCGCUUGUGCAGAUGUACAUCGGUGACGGUGCCAAGCUUGUUCGUGAUGCCUUCGAGCUUGCCAAGCAGAAGGCUCCUGCCAUCAUCUUCAUCGAUGAGCUGGAUGCAGUUGGAACCAAGCGUUUCGACAGCAACAAAGCUGGUGACCGUGAAGUCCAGCGUACCAUGCUUGAGCUGCUCAACCAGCUCGACGGCUUUUCAAGUGACGAGCGUAUCAAGGUCAUCGCUGCCACUAACCGUAUCGACAUUCUUGACCCGGCCCUGCUCCGAUCUGGUCGAUUGGACCGCAAGAUCGAAUUCCCUCUCCCCAACGAGUCCGCGCGUGAACGCAUUCUCCAGAUUCACGCUCGUAAGCUGAACCACAAGGGAGUCAACUUCGAGGAGCUCGCCCGAUCAACCGAAGACAUGAACGGUGCCCAGCUCAAGGCCGUGUGUGUCGAGGCUGGAAUGAACGCGACCCAGCUCUCGCAUGAGCACUUCAUGGGCGGUAUCCUCGAGGUUCAGGCCCGCAAGGCCAAGGAGCACCACGGCCAGGAGGUGUCGUAUUAUGUUUCCCUCGAUGGUGAGUUCACAAACGCUAAAGAACGCCGACGGUUCCGACAUCUGUCUCCUCACGCCCAUCUCGCCAGCCCACUUCAUGCUGACGUUGCAGACAGCAUUCCGCCCGGGCGCAUCGAGCACACUUCACUGCCCUCUGGUCUGCACCAGCGCGAUCAGGACCUCGUCACGUUUACACACUGCGGACUUCCGGGAGCAGGGCUUUUCCGGUCAAGAGCUCAAGAGUCGGGUCGAGGAAGGCGGAUGGGAACCUUGGGUGUCGUACUGGCAACCGGCACCGACGUCUUUGAACUCGAGGGUCCUCUGGAGGAUCUCUACGAUCGUCUCGAGGGUGUCAGCGACCCCUUCGAGGAUGACGGAACAGACAAGGCGGCUGUCAAAGCCCUCUUGGACGAAGUGUGGGCGAAUUCGAAGGCGAAGAACCGGGAGGCUCCAGAACCCCAGAGCGCCAAAACGCUUGCGGGCAUGCUUAGCAAACGCAUACGCCACCCGAUCACAUACAUGCCCGCUCUGCUUGGCAUGAUGGGCCCAGAGCUCAUCACGGUCUACAAGGCAUCGCUGGCCGGCCAGCGUAUAUCUCACACUGACGCUUACGACAUGUUCAUUGACAUGUCGGACGUGCUGUCCGUGCUAGGCGACAUCGACGUGCGCUCACUGGACAAGUUCCAGUCUCCGCCUCCCAUUCUGCAGUGCCAGCCUGAAGUUGGCAAGAAACCAAGCACUCGGGUUGUGACUUACUCGUUCGCUGAUUUGGGAUUGUACCGAAGCUUGGUGCUGCUCGAUCAGAGUCCGCGCGGUGUGAGAGCCACCACAGUCGGUUUCACGGCCACGAACCGCUCAGGGGGCAUGUGGCUCGUCGUGUUCGAGCUCCUCGAAAGCAUGUGGCAUCUGUGCGUCGGGGUCUGUGACUUUGCCUUAGGCCGGGGCCGCGUCGGGAUCCAGCUCGAAGACUCGGAGGACGCGCGCCUGCUGCGCGACGCGGACGUGCACUCUCUGCUUGACAACUAUGACGACGAGGACGACAUCGCCAUGUCGACCGAGCCCGAUGACGGCUCCAUCCCCGACGACACGGCCCGCCGCGGACGGCUCAUCCUCGACCAAUUCCACCACAACGCCUACCACUUGUACGCCCGUCUCAUAUCCGUCAGCGCGGGGUCCUGGGAGCUGACGCCUGCCCAGUUGAAAGAGCUGACUGGGCGCUGGACGGGAGGCAAUGAGGAGGAGAGACAAUGGCUUGCCUUGGCCAGGAACUGGAAUGUGGAGCCAGCCAUAGGCUCGGAGAACACGGAGGGCGGCGCCAGCGUGUCGGAGCAGUGA